AUGACGACUACGGAUUAUAAUAAUGAAAACGAGGAUGAAACGACUCAACACACAUUUGAAGAAUAUCGCAGCAAGUUAAUUCAUUCUAUUCUAAGUGAUAAAGUGCUAACUGAUAUCAUUUCUGAACAUAUUGUCCAUUCUUAUUCAGCUGACCUUGUUCGAACAUUUUGUACUAUUGUCGAAAAUAAUUUUGAUAAUAAUCGAGAUGAAUGUCAACAAGCAGUUGAAUUUAUGUCACGUUGGUUAUUACUUAUGGAUGAUAAUGAUCGUCAAUCAUUAGAUAGUUAUCCGAAUAAACAUAUAUGGCUUCUUGCGCAUGUUCAUACUUUAUUUGAAUAUGAACAACAUGAUCUUAUUUCCAUGUAUUCGGCAUUUCGAAUAAUCAAUCUCAUUAGUUCUACCAGAUUAUCUUACGAUCAAUUAGUCAAUAAAGAAAAUAUUACACGUUCUAAUUUACGCGAAAAUUUUUUCUGUUUAAUUUUCAAUUAUUUAUGGAAAAAUCUUAAUGAAUUAUGUUCAAAUAAUGAAAGUCAGGAAACAUGGAUAUAUGCCUAUACAUUUAUUUCAAAAUAUUAUCCAUCAGAGAAAGUUUUACGUGGUAUGCGAUUAUGGCUUAUAUUCGACUGUUACAAAUGA